AUGAAAAAAAACAAGCACGCCCAUCCCUCCCCGUCGCCCAGCUCCCACGCCGCCUCCCGAAUCCUCGUGACCAAACCGCCCGCCCACCUCCGGCCACCGCCCAUCCGGCUCCGCCGCCAUCUUCGAAAUCCCGACGACCGAGGCCCGGCCAACCACCCGCCGCUGCCCACCUGCGCCGGCGCCGCCCCGGAUCCCCAUCCGGGAGGGAUCCCAUGCAGGUCUCCCCACCAUGCUCCUGCAGGUCGAUUGCGCCGCCGCACAAAGUUCACCGGCCAAAGCUGGGGCCGGACCCGUCGUCGAUGCGUCACCUCGGUCCAAGGCCGCCUGCGCCUGGUGGUUGGACGGGCCUCCCGCCGGCGCCGCCCCUGCAUCUAUCUGAUUCGGCUGUCCAAGGCCACAUGCGCGCUGCUGCUAGGCCACGCACUGUUGUGUGCCUCCUCUUCCAAGGCCACUCCCUUUGGAUCGGGGCCAGAUCCUCGUGCGUGUGCAGCCAUUCCAACUGCAUCGGGCAGUGCUCUCGCUGUGAUUGCAUUCAGCGAUGAGGAGGGCGUUAGAUUUCAGACAAUGUUUCUGGGAAGCGCCGCUGUAGCUGGUAUUCUACUUGAAUCAAUUUUGCAAUUAUCUGACAAGAGUGGCACUAACGUUCAAGAGGCUCUUCGGCUGAACUCCUUCGAGGCUAGCGUUGAUGCUCUUGGUCAAGUCAAGUACAGCCUGGAGUCUUAUUCAGAAUUAGAAGUUCAAAAGAAGAGUUCCAUGAAAGUCAAAAUCAAGAAAGAGCGUUAUGAAGUAUAAUUACUAAUAAGACUAGUGUGUUUGGUGCGUGCGUGCGGACUGUGAUGUAUCCUGUGUGUGUGCUCACUUUGUGGGUGCUCAUGCGUUUGCAUGUGUGUUGUGAGCUCACAUGUGUGCACUCAGAUUUUUUUCUUUUGUUGAGCAUUCGUGUGUGCUCUUGUAUGUGUGUGUGUGUGUGUGUGUGUGUGUUGCUAUGUCCUCCAGUGUGUGUGUGGUCUUAAUACAUGUUCACAAAAAAGGUUGCCUAUCUAAAAAACUUACAA